CCCUCAUCGGCUUCCGUCGUUCUGCCCUCUGGCUGCGGAAGUGUCGUCCUGAAGCCCAGCAGUUUGUAUAAACACAACGGCACUUCAUUUGGAGCUCUUCUCGUCCGUGUCUCUGUCGUGGGGACCUGUCAGCGCUGGUUUCCACCGUGUACCACAGCAGUAUUAUGCGAGCAUCGUCCGGAGUGUGGCCGCAGCGUGUGAAGUGAGUUUCCUCGAGUCAUCUAUAUGGGCCAUCUUCUUUCAAAAAAUGCUUUACACCUGAAGAAGAAGACACGCAAGCCGCAUCACAAGAAAAAGAAGAAGAGGAACUGUUUCCUGCAGGGGCCGUGCAUGCUCUGCUUCAUCAUCCACAGCAACAGCGGCGCUCUCGACGACGACGGUGAUCAGCUGGAGGCCGGCGCUAACGGGUGCCGUCACAACAGCAUCGGAGGAAUCGGAGGAAUCGGCGUCCCCGGCGUUGGCGGAGUCGGCAUCGGCGCGGCGGCUGCCUCGAAACUCGCUGAGCGUUACGYGGCGCUUGCGUCUCCCGAGGACUGCUCCAAGUUCCUGCUGUCGCAGAGAGAACUUGCCAUCUGGGAGGGCCAGGGGAGGAGUCUUCUGUCAGCCGUUCCUGCUAAACUGAUCCCCCCACCGGUGCUUUUUAGAACGGCUGUCGUGUCUGUGACUGUGCCCAUUCCUGUGCCUGUGCCCGGCUGCACCAGCGACUACACCGAGAUGGUUUGUAAGAGGAAGUGCACAGGGGUGCAGAGGUGCACCCCUUGUAAGCAGCCACGCUGUGCCUUUGCUGCUCCCAACGACGGGCUGGAGCACGGCGGAGUGGGAGCAGCAGCAGCAGCAGGAGGAGGUUUAGGUGGCGACGGAGGGGAGGUGGCUUCGAACUCUGAAACCGGUCACUGCCACCAUCCCAUCUGCCCCAUUCCUUCCUCCUCGUCCUCCGCUUCCUCUUCCUCCUCACCCGCUGAGGGCUGCUUUGGGCUGGCGCUUCAUCACGAUUCUUCAAACAGUUCCGACCCGUCGCCCUGCUGCCUGAGCCAUUACGACGACUGCCAAACAAAAAGUUCGGAUCCUGCUGAUCACCUAAGUAUCAACCACCUGCCUUCCUCCAUCCUUCUCAAGGUGCUGUCCCACUUGACGGUAAAGGAGCGCUGUCUUUGUGCCUCGCUGGUUUGUAAGUACUGGAGGGACCUCUGCUUGGACUUCCAGUUCUGGAAGCAAAUUGACCUAAGUGGCCUACAACAAGUCAAUGACGAUCUCCUUGUUAACAUAGCUUCUCGGAGGCAGAAUGUGACAGAGAUUAACAUCUCGGACUGCCGGGGGGUCCAUGACCACGGUGUGACCUCCCUGGCCUCACACUGUCCGGGGCUGCAGAAGUAUACAGCCUAUCGGUGCAAGCAGCUGGGGGAUAUCUCAGUGGUCGCUUUGGCAGCACACUGCCCUCUCCUGGUCAAGGUGCAUGUUGGAAACCAGGACAAACUCACUGAUGCAGCUUUGAAGAAGCUGGGAGCGAACUGCAGCGAGUUGAGAGAUAUCCACCUGGGUCAGUGCUACGGCAUCAGCGAUGAGGGCAUGGUGGCCUUGGCUAGAGGGUGUCCCAAACUACAGAGACUCUACCUGCAGGAAAACAAAAUGGUGACGGAUCAGUCUGUGCGGGCCGUAUCAGAGCACUGUCCCGAGCUGCAGUUCGUCGGCUUCAUGGGAUGCCCCGUGACCUCGCAGGGCGUCAUCCAUCUGACUGCGCUGCAGAACCUGACUGUCCUGGAUCUGCGGCACAUUUCUGAGCUGAACAACGAGACGGUGAUGGAGGUGGUGAGAAAAUGCCGSAAACUCAGCUCCCUCAACCUCUGUCUCAACUGGAGCAUCAACGAUGUGUGGAAAUCAUCGCCAAGGAGGGGAGAAGUCUGAAGGAGCUCUAUCUAGUGUCUUGUAAAAUCACAGACCACGCUUUGAUAGCCAUAGGCCAGUACAGCAGCACCAUAGAGACUGUUGACGCCGGCUGGUGUAAAGACAUUACAGACCAAGGAGCCACACAGAUCGCUCAAAGCAGCAAAUCCCUCCGGUACCUGGGCCUCAUGAGAUGCGACAAGGUGAACGAGGAGACCGUGGAGCACCUGGUGGUCCAGUACCCACACAUCGUGUUCAGCACAGUGAUGCAGGAUUGCAAGAGAACCCUGGAGAGAGCGUAUCAAAUGGGCUGGAGCCCCAACACAUCGAACUCUUGUUAGCUGCCAUCGGGUCGCACUCACACGUAGUUUUAUCGACACGCACAAACACACAACGUGCGUGUGCAGCUUCUCCUUCACUGUUCAAACGUGCAUGUGAACUUGUCACUACACACAAACACAAAUCCUGCUCAUCGAUGUCAUUUUAGGACAAUCUAGAUUAGUUUGACAUCUAAUUAAACCAUAAAGGUCUGUUUUGACCAUAGCGUUAAGUUUGUUUAAACAUGUUUCAUUUGUGCUGUAAGUCAGAAUUCAAACCAUAUAUUCUUAGCAAGGUUUUUCCAUCAUCUUGUUUGUUAUAUUAGAGAUAAGGGUGUAAGAGGAGAGUUUUGACUGGUUUUAAAUAUAGAUCUAUAAAGCAAAAGGUGAAUCGUACAGUUUAAUGUAGCCGUUGUUUGACCAGAAUAUUUUUUUAAUAGGAUAGAAAAUGUUUUUUUUUUUUGUCCAAAUGCAACUUCUGUGAUAUUAGCUAAACUUCUCCACUCAACUGCCGCUGAAAGAUUGAACAAAAAAAGACUGAGACAUGAAGAGAAUAUUUACAUCUUCAGUCCACAGGUUUCACUUGUCACAUUUCCGCUCACUGUUAUCCCUUUUUGACAUCAAUCACAGUGUUAAAGGUAUCUGUAAACUYUAAUAACACAAGUUCCCAUCCGGCCCAGAAACAGUCAAAUUAAUAACGCAAAAAAGAUUUAAGCAUCAUKUAAAAUAUAUGUUUCCACAUAAAAUCCUCUUUUUUUCAGCUGUUUUCAAUUGUUUGUAAUGUGAAGCUUUACGUGACUCCAUCUCCAUACAUUGAUUUAUUAUUGACAAAUCAUCACCUUUAAGUCAUUUUAAUAUUGGAAUCAGUGCUUGAAACAGAAGAUGUCUUUACCCCAAAUUCCCGAGUGACAAUAUUAGAAWAACUACAGAAAGUGAAGGUUAGAUAAAACAUUAAGUGGUUAUUAGUUCCUCUCUGAUUAGCAACUUUGUUCUUGAUUUAAGAAAUGUUUAUCAAAUGUGAGCUUAUAUGAAAGUAUUUAGCCUUGUAUUGGUUUUGAGCAUAAACAUGUACUAUUAUUAGCUGUGUUGUAUUGCAAUGAGCAGUUUAGUUUCUUAAGCCAUUUAUAGUAACCACAGUUUUGUAGCCUUACACGUGGUUCUGUUUAUACUAAAAUUCAGUCAUUUAUGCACAUUGAAUUCAGAGAAACAAUUAGAUGGUCUGUUUUUUUUUUUCUUUUUAAAUUUAUUUAUGUUUCUUUUAAUUCAGAUUCUUAAUCUAGAUUCAGAUGCUGUAGUUUUUCAACAUAAACUGUUCAGUUACACAUGUUUGGACUGCUCCUGGUUGGCUGCAGAAGGACAAGAUGGAUCUUUUUGGACCAGUGUAGGUGAUAAAAAUGUUCUAAAAAUCGAAUGCACAAAGAUGCAGCGACCAUGUGUUUGGCUUUAGUGGUGCAGGGAAAAAAAAGAAUCAACGUUUAUGUUUGAUAGUUUAUCAUCCUUUAGUUUUAAAAUACUUGAGCAGAGUAUGGAAACGUAAAGAGCCAGGGGAUUUUUCAGUGGCGUGAACCGGCUCUGGCCUCCACCCACUGAUCAGAGCAAUACCUUCCUGAGCCUGGAGUCUGAGGGGAAAUACAAACUCUGAAAGCAUACAGAGAUUUCAGACAAUUAAAAACUGCACUCAUUUGACCCUUGUCAGGAUUUGUAGACUUCUCCUGGAGGAGAAUUUCUCCUUCACCUCAUUUUUUUUAUUGUAAUCUCUGUAGGCAUUUCCUUCUCUGCUAGAUGUUGACACAUUUGAUUCCUGAUUUGCUAAGGCAACCACAAAUGACUGAAUUUACAUAAUGAUGAAUAAAAACACUACAACUUCAA